AUGGGAUUGCAGGGUAUAAAUUUGUUUAGGAGGAGACGGGGAUCAGCAAAAAAGUUGAAGGGGGGCGAAGCUAGUAGGUCAAGCAGCCCUUUUGUGGAGGCUGCGAAGAACCAACAGAGUGGUAUUUCGAGUAGCUCAAUUUUUAGUUCGCGGGGGUCGUCAUCAGUGGGGGUGUCUUCGGUAUUGUCGCGAAUAGGGACGUUUGGUAGGGCAGGGUAUUUGUAUGCAAGUGGUACAGAGAGCAUAGUUGUUGGUAAGGGCAGUACAUGUUCUGUUGAAUGCUUCAACAAAAAUGGGCAGAGUUAUGCAGUGAAGAGGGCGUCCAUGGAGGAUCCCUCUGAGCACUAUAAUGAUGUAUUACGGGCGAUGCUAGAGAAAGAGUAUGCUAUACUCUCGGAACUGAUGUGCCCGAAUAUUGUGUGUGUGAUGGAGCUACAGUCAGUCAACAAUCUUUUUGUUAUGGAAUAUAUACCGUUCAGUCUCUACAAGAUUAUGAAGAUGGAGUUGAAGCCUUCUUUAGAAGAAAGGAGGUGCUUUAUGGUGCAGUUAAUCCAGGGUGUAGCGUAUCUUCGUGAGCAUGAUGUUGUUCACAGAGACUUAAAGUUGGAAAAUAUUAUGUUGAGCCCGGACUGCCAUGGAAUAAAGAUUGUUGACUUUGGCAACGCGGUAAAGUUGGAACCAGGGAAGAAUAUUUGUCACGGAUUGGGGGGUAGUGAGCCUCUGAUGGCACCUGAGGUGUUUAGUUUGCUCUCAUAUAAGGGAUUUGCCGUAGAUAUAUGGUCCCUUGGCAUAAUUAUGUUUCUGUUGUUCAAUGAUACCGGGAAACUGAAGUUUCCUUGGAAAGUGGCCAAGUUGACAGAUGAAACCUUUAAGGAAUUUGUGGAGUCAGGAGAGUUGAGCAUGUGUAAAUAUGGUGACUUAUGCAAGAAGCUGUUAGUGUUAGAUCCCGGAGAGCGUGCUACUGCUGCACAACUGAUGAAGGAGCCAUUCGUAGACUACCAGUGCAACAGAUACAAUCAUGAUAGGACUCGUAGGCUCUGCCAUAAGAUUUGGGGAGAAAGGCAUGAAAUAAAAUGA